AUGGCCGUCUACCGUCACCCUCCACGACGUCGCCUUGACCGGUACUGGAAAUACCACCGCUUGCCAGUGGGUCUCUCGCAGCUUCUGCUCGAGCGUGAAGUGCGAGGCGACGCCCGUACGAUUGACGCUGCGUGCCAAGGCCACGGGAGUCUCGUUCGUCGCUUACAGUGUGAAGCCAUUUUGAAAGGGCACGAGGGUUGCGUGAACACGUUGCAGUGGAACGCCGCAGGAACGUUCCUAGCAUCUGGAUCGGAUGACCGGAAGGUGCUCAUAUGGAGUUACGGGCAGCAGAAGCAACAGCAAGUGAUUGAGACGGGCCAUCAACUCAAUAUCUUUGCCGUGCGCUUUGUCCCUGGCACGGACGACCAUGUCUUAGCCACGGGUGCCAUGGACCAUGACGUGCGUAUCCAUUAUGCACCAUUUCAUGACUCCUCGUCGAGAGUGUAUCGAGUGCAUCGAGAUCGAGUCAAAGAUAUUGGCACCUCGUGGGCUGUGCCGAGAGUUUUCUGGACCGCAGCGGAAGAUGGUAUAGUGUACCAGUUUGACCUUCGAGCUCUGCCUACGACUAAUGGAUCGUGUGACACGUGUGACACGUCUGGUGUACUGAUCAAUUUGGGAAAAGACCGAAACGGCCAUGUGUUGAAAGCAAUGGGCAUGACAGUGCAUCCAUUGGACCCGACAAAAGUAGCACUAGCUUGUGGUGACUUUUACACGAGAAUGUACGAUCGACGGAUGCUAAGAGUGCAGAACAUCUCGUCAGGUAGAUUUGAUGAAGCUACGAGUCCAGUGGAGGUUUUUGCGCCGCCGCAUUUGCAUUUGGAUGCAUAUUGCAGCGUCCGGACAAAGAGAUUGCAUGACAAAAGUCAUGGCACAAGUAUUCAGUUUAACAGCGACGGAUCAGAGAUUCUCGCGAACUAUCACAGCGAUCAUAUUUACCUCUUCAAAGUGGGGGGCUCGGAAGAGACUGUGGUAUUUCGCAAAGAAAACAAGAGUCGACCUCAAAUCCAGCCACUUGCGUGGCUUAAUGGAGCGUACAUGGAUGAGCCAGAGUUACCUUCAUGCCCACAGAUCGAGGAGAUACAAAUGAUGUGUAAUCGGGGGAAGAGGUCACUCGAAGAGCGUAAGUACACACGUGCGCUGAAGUCACUGAAUCUAGCAUGCUCUGCUUGCAAAGUGGCCGAAGUGUCUGCGUCACAGCAAGUGGAGCUCCAUCACAACUGCGCUAAGGCUUACUUGGAGAGACGAUGGAAUGCAGACUGCUAUUUGGCUGCUGUGCAAUGCAAGAUGGCGAUAGAUCUUGAUCCAAACAAUCGUGAAGUUGAAUUGACAUAUAUCAAGGCGCUGAGUUCAGGAAAACGACAUUUACAAGCAAGGUGGCAAGCUCGUCGGUACAAGGAGAAGCACCUCGAUCACGGGGCCGAUGUCGAUCAAUUUUUAAUGAGCAACACAUCGACUGUAAGCGGUGAGCAUUCGGUGCGGCGUGUCGUCCGAUCUUCCAGGUCAUCGGGUGAAGACGAGCAAAGCAGCAGCGAGGACGAAGCUCAUAAUGACGACUGGAUUGAUGAUAUUGAGGGCAAUGUGCCGGCUGAUGACGAAGGAUUUUGGGAGGGCAAGCUGGUGAACAGUACAUUAGUAAAUUGUGAUGUACUUCGUCGAUAUAUUGGGUAUUGCAAUGUGCAAACGGAUAUUAAAGAAGCCUCAUUUUUCGGAAGAAACGACGCGUACAUUAUCGCUGGGAGUGACGACGGACGUGCGUUGGUAUGGGAAAAAUCGACGGGGGAGCUAGUGAAUGCAAUAAAGGCAGACGCGAGUAUUGUGAACUGUGUUCAGCCCCAUCCCUUUGACGCAUGUCUGGCGACAAGUGGGAUUGAAAGUUUCAUUCGCUUGUGGAGUCCUACUAGUGAUGUGGAGAGUACGCCGACGCAGUAUGAGUUGGAGGACAUUAUGACUCGAAAUCAGAGUCAAAUGGAUGUUAUGGCAGUGACGUUCGAAGGGGCUCUUCAUGACAUGGUUCGUGUGGUCUUUGAGUCUAAUGGGGAUCACCAAGCUAUCCGAGAGUGCGUGACCAAUUAA